AUGUCAAAACACUUCCUUCCGUGGGAUUCUAUCCAACCACCACCAGUCCAACAAUUACUGAAGCGGGAUCCCGGCGCCACCGCCACACCUGUCACCCCUCUAGAGGACCUUGUCAAACGGCUCUUGCCAGAUGCAUAUCACUUCCUUUUCCAAUUCACGCUACGACCCGAUCUACCAAUCAAUUCUGCUACCAACAUUCAUGAUACGUUCCGAAUCUACAACAACCAAGGGGGAAGUCCAAGAAUCGCAAUUGAAGGAGCGACACUCUCGGCGUUAGGAGCAGGAUUGAACUAUUAUCUGAAGCAGGUGUGCAAGGUCGAGAUGACAUGGAGUGGCGACAGGUUUGACCAGCUGCCUGUAGUGCCGCCUUUGAUCCCUACUGAAGCUGGAGUCGAUGGCGUUGUGCGGGCCAGCUUUGUCCCGUGGCGGUAUUACAUGAACGUUGUUACUUUUGGAUACUCAUUUGCAUUCUGGGACUGGAACCGUUGGCAGCGUGAACUUGAUUGGAUGAUGCUGAAUGGUAUCAAUAUGGCGUUGGCGAUGGUUGGGCAGGAGUACGUCGUUCGCAAGUUCUACGAGACUCAGGGACUUUCGGACGACGACAUUAGCGACUUUUUGGGAGGACCUGCAUUCAUGCCUUGGCAACGUAUGGGCAACACACAGGGAUCUUGGGCUACACAAAACGACACGACUUUUAAGAACGAUUGGAUCAAUAGUCAAUGGGUGCUGCAAGGACAGAUCAUGCAGAGGAUGCAGGCGUUCAACAUUACGCCGAUUAUGCCUGCAUUCCAAGGAUUUGUCCCUCGCAAACUGCCCGAAAAGUUCCCCAAUGCCACGUUUGACAAGUCGUCCGUCUGGGCAGGGAUGCCCAAGGAGUUCAGUCAAGUGACGUUUCUCUCCUCCACCGACGCCCUCUUCACAACUCUCUCUCAACAAUUCAUCCAACUCCAAAAGGAAUUGUACAAGGAAAAAGGGAUCGAUAUGGACGCCAAGUCUCAAAACUUUUACCUAUUGGAUCUGUACAACGAGAUGAUCCCGACUUGUACUACCCCGGAAUGUCUCAAGGCGACUACAGGAGGCGUUAUGAAGGCGUUCAAGGUUGCGGACCCCAAGGCAGUGUGGGUGAUGCAGUCGUGGUUCUUGUUGAAUCGGGGUCUUUGGAAUGCGCCUAGGAUCCAGGCGUAUUUUGACGGAAUUCGGGAAGUGAAUAAUGGGAGGGAUGCAUUUGUGGUGGAUCUGUAUGCGGAUGUUGCGCCGCUUUGGACGACUACUGAGGGGUUCUAUGGCAUUGAUUGGGGAUGGAGCAUGUUGAACAAUUUUGGUGGCGGACAGGGACUCUAUGGUACCCUCCCUACAUUGCUGACAGAACCAUUCAAAGGAUAUCAGCAACCUGCAAAGUCGAUGCGCGGAAUGGGUAUCACCAUGGAAGGAAUCAACAACAACGAGUACCUCUACCAGCUCAUCUUUGACCUUCCCUGGGAAUCCGUCGAAGCAACCUACCCUGCCGCCUUUGUUGCUCCUACGCCCAAACCAGGCGCGUUCUCUCUCCAGCAACAAGCACUCAACGGGCAGGCGCAUCUGGAAGACUACAUCAGACGACGCUACGGGCCCAACAAAACUACCCCCGCGAUGCUGGAGGCCUGGACGACUCUCAGUCAGACUGUCUGGGACUGCAAGACUGGACAGAUGUCUCAGUCCAAGGCAAUUAUUGACUUGACGCCGGCUUUGAACAUGGUCAGAGGGGGGUUCAUGACGAGCAUCAUGUUUUAUGAUCAGACCAAGGUCGUGGGCGCAUGGAGGCAGCUGGUUGAGUCGACAGAGACUGAGGAGUCGAAGAAGAGACGGCGUCAGCAUAGUUUGAUCCAGGACUCGAUCGAGGCUGUUAUUAUGGCGUCCAAUGGUCGUUCUUCUGAGAUACCACAGUCUCUGGAUUCACCGUCACUUCUGCAGUCGUUUGCCAGUUGGGUCAGAGGUGCCUUCCAGCACACUUUAGGUCAGUUGAGACCACCAUCCGCCAGCCGUCUACAAGGAGAGAUAGACGAAGGAAAAAUUGUGAAGGGACGACUCUCUGGUUCGGUGAAGGAGGUCAAGGCCGAGUUCGCAGGUUCAGCGUUGUCUGUUAAUAGUUCUCUCCCACUGAACGUGUCGAGCUUCCAGUACGACCUGGUGGAUGUGACGCGUGAGGUUCUCGUUGGUAUAGUACUUCCUGGACUCCACCGCGAGCUAAUCGAUGCCUACAAGGCCAAGGACCUGGAUCGAACGCGCGCCUGGGGACAACAUGUCCUGGAAGUGAUCCUCGACACCGACCGUCUCCUCUCAACCCACAGUCAUUUCAUGGUCGGCCCUUGGAUCCGUGACGCCCGAGAGUCCGCAAAAGUUAUCGCCGACUCCCCCACAGCAUCCAACCCCGCAACCAUGAACCAGUACCGAGACUACCUAGAGUACAAUGCCCGUAACCAGAUCACAUGGUGGGGUCCCAAUGGACAAGCCAGUCUUGCAGACUAUGCGUCCAAAGAAUGGGGUGGGCUUGUGAAGGAGUUUCAGUACCCACGGUGGCAGGUCUUUGUGGACCGGUUAGUAGAUGCUGUGAAAAGGAGAUCGACGUUGGAUUAUAAGACGUUUUUGGCGGAUUCGUUGGAGAAGGAGGCGGGGUGGAUGAAGGAGACGACUUGUCUUGGUGGGUGUUAUGAUGACCCUGCGUCGUCGAGUGUGGUGGUGGACGAUGAGGCGACGAGCAAGUACCCGGUUGAGGCUGUGGAGGAUGCUGUGUUGGUGGCACAGGAUAUGGUGGAUAAGUGGGGACUGGUUGCUCUCCGUCUAGCCCAAACAUCUAGGAAGUAG